AGUGCUGAUCAUCGUAGUGAGACUUACUGCAGGAGCCGAGACCAAUGGAGCUGGCUGAAUCGUCCUGCAUCCUCCCCAUACCUUCCAACCUCCAUCUCUCUCCCUGACUCUGUCUCUCCUUUCAUAAAACAAAACGAAACCAUAGACAUGGAUUGUUAACUACCGCAUGUGUGUCAUGGAUCAAGAAUGAGAAACAUGGAUUCGAUUUACAUUAUUCUCGUCCUCCUUGCUCCCCAACCCUAUUUUUUAGCCUCUGCAGACAGGAAAUUCGGUUGUCUGUUUGAGAAGGAGUUGUGCACACCAUACGAGAUCUGUGUCAACGAUGGAAUGUUCGGGAGGUGUCAAUCCACACCCGUUCCGGUAGCAGAGGUUUAUACAUAUGAUGUGUCUCCAUCUGUGGUUCAGCGCUUCAGGACUCUACUGCAGAAACUCACCCACAGAGGGUUGACCUGGGAGGAUGAGACUGCCCAGCAGAUCCUGUCCAAGGAGCUGUCUAAGCUGAGGAAGAUCCCCUACAGACGCCUACAGGACUCCAGCCCCCCUGUCUACAGCAGCAGCAAAUCCAGGCCUUCAACCCAGACUAUGGACUUAGGACACCGGAGGAUCAAGCCAGUGGAGGUGGAGCUCAGUAGAAACCUCCAGAACUACCUGCAGCGUCUGGGCCUCCUUCCGCAGGCCACCUCCCCCGCCAGACCCAAGAGCCCCAGUAAGAGUGACCGUUACCCAUCUGGGGUCUCCUCCGACUACUACUGGCCCAAGUCCCAGGGAGAGGCAAACUUCUCCCCACUGACGUCCUUUCAGACUCCCUACCAGGACAGAUCUUCUGCGGGGGAUGGAGACCUCCUUGUGGCUGCUCUCAGACACUACCUGUCUGGGCAGGUACCAUCUCAGACCGGGGUGUCCACCAAGGGCCCGGUCCUGCCCUCCCUUCACCUACGCCCCUCCUACAGCAACAGUAUAGACAGUACUGGGCCUAAAGAGACCUCUCAAUCUCAAACACCUAACCUGGACAGACUUCUACUCCUCCAGACAGCUGGAGCCAGCCAACUCUCUGCUCCCAAGGACCCCCUCAGUACAGUGGAUGAGGUGUUCAUCCAGAAGGUUCUGAAGAACGUGGGCAGACACGACGUGGACGUGGACGACCUGAGUCCUAAAGACCUGGACCAACUCUCUACGCUGAUCACUGACGCCCUGCAGGUAGUGGAUCAAGAACAUACCCAAGCCCAGUCCAGAGCAGGACCCAGAGACCUGGGGGAGGAAGGGAACGAGGGGCCUGGAGGAGAAGGGCCUGGGGAACAGGAGGAGAAGGAGGAGAGUGUCCCUCCAUCCACCACAGAGAAAACGGCGGAGAGCACUCCAGUAGAGGAGGCUGUGGUCCAAGAGCGACAAAUGGAGGGAGACAGAGAACCAGCAGACUACAAUGACAAGCCCCAAGACGCCGGCAGCUUAUUUGGCAAGCUGCUGGUGUACCUGGAUAAGAUUGAGUCCCCAGCCCAGAGAGAGUCCCCAGCCCGGGCUGGUGUGGGUGCAGGGCUGGGUGAGGGGAGAGGUGUUGGUCUGGAGAACGUACACAGCAGGACCACUCAGGCUGAGGUGGCGGUGCAGAAGAAGUCAACCCACUCGACGGACAUGGAGGAGGUGGCUGCCGUGGAGGGCUGGAUCCAGGCAAUGGAUCCUCCGGCUGCCAAGGUGGUCUACCAGGAGCCCCAUAAGGAGAAAGGGGACGUCCAGGAGCUGCAGCUCGAUGUCAAAGCUGCUGUGGACACGAAGAAGACGGAUGAUGACUACGGUUAUGUCAUCACAGACACUGACGCAUUGCAGACUGAUGAGGGCCUCCACUUGAUGGAGAUUCUGACACGACGCGCCAAGCUGCAGAUGACUGAUUUCCUGGAGCUCUCAGUGGUAGGCCCAGCUGUGACCUUCAGAGUGCGACCUAAUGCCCAGAACAUCAGCACUGCAGAUGUGGCCAAUGUAGCAGUUCACCAGAAGGAUGCAGUGGAGAAGGAGGCCAAGGUGAUCAUUCUGGAGGCUGGAGUCACAGAUAGAAGCCAGAUAAACCAGAUCCCUACCAAGUACAGCACGGCCGAGUCCACCAAGUACAUGAUCCUGACAGUGGUGUCGAUCCUGUGUAUCGUGGCUGUGCUGCUGGCCUCCGCUGUGGUCUACUGCCUCCGACACCGCUCUCACCACAAGCUCAAGGAGAAGCUCACCAACCUGGGAACAGACACAGGCAGCGAUGCUACCUCCACCUAUCAGGAGCUGUGUCGUCAGCGGAUGUCGGUCAAGCCGCCGGCGGAGCGCCCAGAGCCGAUGCACAGUGUGUCGUCACGGCUCAACAGUGUGUCGUCCCAAUUCAGCGACGGGGGGCCCAUGGUCAGCCCCUCGGCACGAAGCUCCACAUCCUCCUGGUCUGAGGAACCCGUCCACUCCAACAUGGACAUCUCCACUGGACACAUGAUCCUGUCUUACAUGGAGGACCACCUGAAGAACAAGAAUCGCCUGGAGAAGGAGUGGGAGGCUCUGUGUGCGUAUCAGGCUGAGCCCAACGCCUCCACUACAGGCCUGGGGGCAGGGAACACAAAGAAAAACCGCUCCAAUGCAGUGGUGGCCUAUGAUCACUCAAGAAUUACCUUGAAGGUUGAAAACAGCCACAGCAAUUCAGAUUACAUCAAUGCCAGUCCAAUUAUGGAUCAUGACCCACGGAACCCAGCCUACAUCGCUACUCAAGGCCCUCUUCCCUCCACGGUGGCUGAUUUCUGGCAGAUGGUUUGGGAGAAUGGCUGUGUGGUCAUUGUCAUGCUGACGCCCCUCACUGAGAGUGGAGUCAAACAGUGCUACCACUACUGGCCUGACGAGGGGUCCAACCUCUACCACAUCUACGAGGUGAACCUGGUAUCGGAGCACAUCUGGUGUGAUGACUUCUUGGUUCGUAGUUUCUACCUAAAGAACAUGCAGACCAACGAGACUCGCACCGUCACACAGUUCCACUUCCUUACCUGGCUCAACCAGAAUGUCCCUGAGUCCAGUCGGACACUCCUGGACUUCCGCAGAAAGGUUAACAAGUGCUACCGAGGAAGGUCUUGUCCUAUAAUAGUCCACUGCAGCAACGGCGCCGGGAGGAGUGGAACAUACAUUCUGAUUGACAUGGUUCUCAAUAAGAUGGCUAAAGGUGCUAAAGAGAUUGAUAUUGCUGCCACCCUAGAGCACUUGAGGGAUCAGCGGCCGGCUAUGGUCCAGACAAAGGAGCAGUUUGAGUUUGCAUUGACAGCUGUUGCGGAGGAGGUGAACGCCAUACUCAAAGCUCUUCCACAGUGAGAGGUUUACCCACUACCAAGCCUCAGCAGACCUCCCCAGGGACCUCCCUCCUGUUCUCCUUCUCUCGCCCACGCCUUCUGUCCCCCACUCCUUCUCUCCGCCUCUCUGUCUUUGUGGAUGUUGUGCGAGAGAGCAUGACCUGAUCUUAGUCGUGUAUAAAUAAAUCAAAAUCUAUUGUGAACCUAUGGAGCUUGUUUCCAAACAGGCAAUUUAGUGCAUCAAGACUUUUACUGAUUGAAAAACAUGUUUAUCUGUUAAAUUACUAGAAUAUAUCAAUGACAGAAAUAUUGUUUUUGUGUGUGUGUAAAUGAUUAUGUUGGUCACAACAUCUGUAUCAUAUGGCAUAUUUCAGUUGAAUAUUUGUUUUUCCUUUGAUCCUAGUAUGCGGUGUACUAAAUCAUACCAUGUAAUGCAUAUUAAAAGGAAAACUGCUUAAUUAGGUCAAGUGAACACUGAUAACAAUGAUGCUGAUGUUAAUUCUAGUUACCAUAAUGAUAAUUACACCAAGCAAUAUGUGUUUCUUCAGCUUGUCCAGACCUGGACAAAUAAUUGUAUGUUGUGGACAACGAUUGUGAGUAAACUUAACUAAUGUCAGUAAACUAAACUAGCUAAUGCCUGCCUCAAGUAAAGCAGUUCUAUGAAUUGGUGUGCUGUAUGUACAAUGAAAACGAUAUUGUCAUUUUGUAAAUAAAGCAGUUCAUCUAAUCUAGGGUCUGGAUUCAAUCCGUAUCGCCAAAGUAUCACAGAAGAUCUGGGUUAAAAUGUGAAUGUCAUUUCUAAUUUAGUCGACAUAUCCAGCGUUUACCGUGAAUGCAGUUUUACCGUGAAUGCAGUUUUACCGUGAAUGCAGUUUUUACCGUGAAUGCAGUUUUACCGUGAAUGCAGCCUCCACAACCGUGGGAACAUUGCCUUUAAUUUUCAAUCAUGCUAUAAAGUGGAUCAUCAGUGCUACGGAUUGAAUAAAGCCCUAGAUGUACAUGUAGCAUCAAUGGCUUAAGUGUGAAUAUAAGCUGCCACUGGAUGUCCCUGUGUCUUAUUAACAACUGAGUCCAUAUCUGCGUUCCAAAUGGCAACCCUUUCCUUAUAUACAAUAGAUAACUUCUUUUGACCAGAGCUCUGGUCAAAACAAGUGCACUAUGUAGGGAAUAGGUUGCCAUUUUGGAUGCUGACCAGGCAGGUUUGUCUGCACUACAGGAGUACUGUCAGCUAAAUAAUAAUAAUUAAUAAUAAUAUAUGCCAUUUAGCAGACGCUUUUAUCCUGUACAGUCACGCGGGCCUACAGCUCUACCCCAACACUGUCUGCUUUGACUAGACUCAUGCCAUUAGAUCACAAAUCUUGGGUCAAGCUUUCAUGUUUGUCCAUUGGAUUCUGUUUUUUGUACACCCAAUAUUUUCUGAAUUGCAGAUGAUAUGACCUGUUUUUUAGCAUACACUCGCACAUGACUAUUUGAAACUAUUAUUCCCCAAAUAUAUCUCCUUCAGCCUCAAAAUAUAUCAUGUCACCAUGAAGAAAGCCAAGGAUAUGAUUUACUAUUUACUUUGACAAGCCAAGGAUAUAUAAUCAUGCCAUUUGAGACAUUACUUUCUGAAGAAUAGUAGUGCAAGUACAGAGGGGAAGAUAGUGGAUUGUUAUAUUACAUAUUGGCAGAAACUUAUUUUACCUAUCACAGCUGUGCUUCCAAAAUGGCACCUGAUUCCCUUUCUAUUACACUUCUUUUCCUUUGGCCCUGGUCAAAAGUAGUGCACUAUAAAGGGAAUAUGGUGCCAUUUGGAAGACAUUCAGAGUUAAAGCGGGCCAUGUUAUGUGCCCCAUACUGUAACCACUGCAAAAAGCUUUCAACUAAUUCAUUGCAAGAGAUGGCUGGUUUGACCACUGAUCUAUAUAUAUAUGAUUAUUAAAAAAACAACAGAAAAUAUUUUGUUCUAUCAGUGAAGAUAAACUAUUGUGAAUAAAGUCCCAUUAUUGAUGGCGUGUUGUAUUGCAACCUUGUA